ACAAUUGUGUGUGUGUUUUUGCUUUGGUCCAGUCUCAUUGAUGAUGAUGAUGAUGAUAUACAGUGGUAGAUAAUUAAGUUGGUAAAAUGGGAAUAAUCGGAGUGAUUUGAUUGACAGAAAUCUGCUUGACUCGUUAUUAUUGUCCCCCACUCAAUAGCCAAAGCACAAAAGCUAGCUCAAGGUGCUUUUUUGUUUAUAUGCAGAUUUUAGAGAUUCCGUCACACUUUGGUUAGCUAGAGGAUAAAAAUAUAUAUAUAUGGAAAAAGAAGCUUUACUGUAUGCUUUGAAUAAAAUAAUUCCAAUAGAAUAUGGACAAGGAGAAAAUUAUAAAACCUUCUGGGACCUUACGGAAAACCUUCCGGGACCUUGUGGACAAGUUCCUUUAUCAAUUUCGAAAGGGAUUGUUAACAGAAGUAGGUAAAUGGAGUAUCAUAGUGGAAGGAAAAAAUUUUGAAUGUCAAUUAAUGAUUCUGAAUUGACAUGAGCAUUUCUUUUUUACUAUUCUUUAUUGUUGAUGUUAUUAUGUAGUGUUUAGAAGAGAAAGCUCUUAAGGGCUUCUGGCUUCAAGUACCUUGGUGUUGUGCUCCAUUACCACUGUGUUUCUCUUUUCACCACCACCUGUUGGUGCAGACCACUAGGUUAGAUUUCAACCAAUCUUUAAAAGCACCAGGACCAACAUAGCAUUCUAUCUGGACCACCAAUACCUAAAGGUACAGUUUUUUCUUUUCUAGAUGAGGAGGGAUAGGGAGAUCAUGUUCUUAUUUUUAUGGAGGAAAUCACAAAAACUGGUCUACUCUCCAUCUGUUUAGCUUUUGUUAGGCGUAAUACUUCAAUUGCCUAAGGGACACUGAGAUAUUUGGGCUGCUGCAGAACAGGAAAGAUAAACAAAAGCAUAUCAACUUAGAUUGUGUAGUAGUUGUCUGCCUAGAGAAAAUUAAAUCGAGUCUCCAAGUCAUACUGUCAUAGUGACCACAGUUACUUUUAUUUCAUUAUGAUGGAAGUUCAUGUCUCUUUCUUCCUAGAUGCCAUCCAUGUUUCACAUAAGAUAUGGUUUGAAGAGAUUUGAUUGCAUGCAGUGUCUAUCUAUCUUUCUGACUUCAUGUCACCAAAUUAUACAUGGCAGCAUCAUUUCAUAUCAAUUAAGCUAGGUAACACUGUUUAUUUUCUUGCCAUCAAUUUUAAUUCCCUGAGCUGUUGAUCAGUUGAGCCUAUCCUCCUCUUGCUUUAUUGUGAGAUGCUCUAGAGCAAUUGAGUGGUCAACUACUGCAAGAACAGGGUUGGUGUGAGAUUUAAUGUUCUAUGUUAUUACCCCUAUAAAGAAACCAAGGCAAAGGAGUCUUUUAUUUAAUUCCCAGGUUUCAACAGAUUCACAAAUUUACUUCUCACUCAAAUUGGUUAAAAUGGAAAAUCUAUUUAUUACUCAUCCGCCGACAAUCAACCUGUUUUUAAGCAAGGAAAAGGAAACUUUUUGCCUACAAAUUGGCCUUCUUCAUCAAAGAGUAAAGAACCAGUACCGCCAAUACUUUUAGCUCUGUCUAUACUUCCUGGAGAUAAGAAAAGGAAAGCACCCCUGAAGUGGCUAGACACACAACUCCAUUAUGCAUGGACUAUAUGCUUUGAUUUGGUUGCAAGCCAUAAAAGGUCAAGAAUCACUUCAUUUUUUCAUUUCCUAAACUAGUUGGAAGACAUGCUUAGGCAAUGUAAUUAGGAGCCAUCAAACAUCAUCAUAGUUAUGGUAGGUAUUUGCUCAACCUUUCAAUUCCAAGCAUGAUUAUGAGCUGGAGUGUUAUUGUUUGCCCUCUAAGUGGUUUGUCAGAUAAAAUUAUCAAGCAUCUCCUUUUGUCAUGGAAUGUUUAAUUUCUGAGUUGAAACUUUAGUGUUUUUCCAUCAAUCUUUAGGAUCUUCCAUUUGUCACAUGCCUACAAUAUUACAGCUACAAAGUUUACUUGCUGGGAAUCUCAUCGGACCAAUUUUCAUGCAUCGAGACUUGAAUACAUCUGUUACUUGACCUAUAUAUAGUUAUUUUGUUUUAUAGUGUAUAAGGUUACUAUGUUUGCGUGGGGACUGGUGUGGUUGGUGAGGUAAUUGCUGAGGCAGAGCCACACAUUUACGGCUUAAAGGGGUUUCAGAUUCUGCCAAAUCAGAUAUUUCAGUCUCUUAUGAGGUAUAUCUGUCAGCAUUUUAGCACAACAAGUACAAAAUCCCAUGCCUAAACUUGUAAACCAGUGAGAGUUCUUGCCUUGCUGAUUAAGCAUUUAAUCAACUUCAACCACCAGAUUAACUUUUAAUGAACCUGACAAAGAUAUAAACUAGAGAAAGUUUUGCAUGAUUUAGGGUGUCAAAGAAACUGCUUCUGUUUCCUGUAAAGAUUCUUCUUCUAGCACGAUCCUCUUCUCUCUAAGAGCCUGACAGCACCGUCCUCUUCUUCUGUUGUUAAAGGGCUUGUCUUGUAGGGUUCUAUACAGAAAAACAUUGAAUAUGAUGGGGCCCUUGUUGGAUUAAAAAGGUUAGGUGAGGUUUGAUUUUCCCAAUUUUAGUUCCAGGCAGCAGCAAGUGAAGAUGGGAAUUAUUCAGCAGAAAAGUAAGAUCUCAUAAGGGCAUGCUCCAUUGUUCUGAAGUUAAAAUCUCUCACUUUCUUUUGAUUAAAGGAAAAGAAAAUUGCGAAAAUGAAAUUUAUGAAACUUGGGACGAGGCUGGAUACCUUCUACACAGAAGAGGCUACCAGGUCUGUGGUAUCAGAUAUACCUAACGACCUUGUUAUACAAAUCAGCAACAUCAAUUAUCUUCUUCAUCAGUUUUCACUAUUACCGAAGUGUGGCCUCUUACAAAGGCUGUGUGCAGAUUGUUAUGAUUCAAGUACUGUUACCGUACAGCUGCAUGAUAUUCCUGGAGGGGAAGAUGCUUUUGAGCUGUGUGCUAAAUAUUGCUACGGAAUAACAAUCAAUCUCAGUGCUCACAACUUUGUAUCUGCAUUUUGUGCUGCAAAGUUCCUUCGAAUGACAGAAGCUGUUGAGAAGGGAAAUUUUGUCCUUAAACUUGAGGCCUUCUUUAAUUCCUGCAUUCUAGUAGGUUGGAAGGACUCCAUUAUCACAUUACAGACAACAGUCAAGCUAACUGAGUGGUCAGAGAACCUGGGAAUCAUCAGAAGAUGCAUUGAUUCAAUUGUUGGAAAAAUCCUCACACCCCCUGCAAAGGUCACAUGGUCCUACACUUACACUAGAAUAGGGUUCAACAAGCAGCAGCAAUUGGUUCCGAAGGAUUGGUGGACAGAGGACAUAUCUGAUCUUGACAUAGACCUUUUCCGGUGCAUAAUUAUAGCUAUCAAAUCAACACAUAUGCUCCCACCGCAGCUCAUUGGUGAAGCUUUGCAUGUUUAUGCCUGUCGUUGGCUACCAGACACUACAAAGAUCACACGUCCAGAGAGCUCAGUGUCUCAGACUGAUGCGGUUACAGAUAAGCAUCGGAAAAUUCUUGAAAUCAUCGUGAAUAAGAUCCCAUCAGAUAAAGGGUCCGUUUCAGUUGGUUUCUUGUUAAGACUUCUUAGCAUUGCUAACUACCUAGGGGCAUCUACAGUUACAAAGACAGAACUUAUAAGGAGAUCAAGCCUGCAAUUAGAGGAGGCAACAGUUAGUGACCUGUUAUUUCCUUCACAUUCAUCCUCUCAUCAAUAUUAUUAUGAUAUUGACUUGGUUGCGGCAGUGCUAGAAAGCUUCCUGUUGCUAUGGAGAAGAACAUCACUAGCACCUACAGAAAACACCCAGUUUAUGAGAUCAAUUAGAAAGAUUGGAAAGCUUGUUGACUCUUACCUUCAAGCAGUUGCCACAGAUAUCAACUUGCCGGUAUCAAAAGUUUUAUCUGUUGCAGAAGCUUUACCAGAUAUUGCCAGGAAAGAUCAUGAUGACCUUUACAGGGCAAUAAACAUUUAUCUCAAGAAGCAUCCUGAUCUAAGCAAGGCAGACAAGAAGCGUCUCUGCAGGAACCUAGACUGCCAAAAACUGUCACCAGAAGUACGUACUCACGCUGUAAAGAAUGAGCGGCUACCAUUAAGAACAGUUGUGCAAGUCCUAUUCUUUGAACAAGAGAAAGGCUCAAGGGAAAAUGAUCAUAGAAUGCCAACACAGGAGCUUCUACUCUCCAGAGGGAAACAGAUACCGAUAGUAAGGGACGAGCUAAGUAAGCAACAAUUAGGCUCGUAUGAACAGACCAUCCGAUCAGAUGGAAUACCGAGAACUCCAGCACCGUCCGAAAGCAGUACAAGAGAUGAUCAAAAACUGAAGAGACCUGACAAAAAGACACCGCUGGAAGCAGGAAAAAAAGGUGGCGAGAGAACAAAUAGAGGAGAAGGAAUCUAGAGGAGGAGGAAGCUCUGGAAGCAAGAUGAAUGCCAAGAAGAUUAACAACAAAAGUGUAUCAGGCCAUAGCCGUGGUAAAAGUAGAGACAGGUUGUAGAUAAAUUUAGACCAUCACAUUUCCAUUUUCGCUUUUCUUUCUGUAGAAGAAGGGUUUAAUUUAGUUCACAUCAUUUCAAUUA